AGCCGUAAGACGUCGUCUUCGCCCUCGCGGAAGCCCCAUCCGCCCGCGAAACGAUCAAAGAACCCAAGUCGGAAUCUUCCAUUGUCUAAUCUCUAGCUUUUUGCUCCCUGAGGUAGAAAUCUUGUAGGGACGACGUUUACAUCGAAAGGAUUUUCUCGGAUGGCUCAGGGACCGUUCCAACCGGCGGAAAAGGCUUCGGAUGGCGAAAUCGGUGAUGCUUUUGUCUUUCGUCUGCUAAUUUGCUCUCUUUCUCGAGAUCUUUACUUUCGUAACUGAGUAGAUGCUAAAAAGUUUGGAUUUGGGCGGGAAGUUCUUGGUUUUCCCAAAGAUCUCUCGUCUCUCUGCAAAAAAGUAGGCCAUCGAGACGCCUAUAGCAGUGCUUCUAUGCUGGGGUUUCUUUUUCCUGGAAUAACUGCGACACCCUGACGUUGAUAAGAAGGUGCCACACUAAAGAUGAUAGAAAUCUGUGUUAGCUAUUAACAAACAAGAAAAAGAUCGAUAAUCAUCGGAUUAGACCAUGAACGAGGGAGGUGUUGUGUAGGUGUUAAGCUUUAGCAGUCUUCUGUAUCAGAUAGAAAAUUUAGCUUUUCAGGCUCCAUCCUGCCCAGGAAAACAACGGCGUCAAGUGACUUCUUGAAUUCUCGUCACUGGUUCUUCUUGUGUCGCUUAGUGGGUGCUUGAGUGCAAACAGAGACGCAACCUACUUAUAACUCAGUACGCGGGGCCAAAUAUGCGCUUAGUGCUACUUGGUUCUGCUGAGCCACCGAUCAAAGGACGAGCUGGUUUACGGAGGAAGCAAGCAGGACGGGGCUGCUACCGAGCCAGCUGAGAAAGUUCUGGUUUCUUGAAAUUUCACCUUCUCAGAGGUCAGAUAUCAAGUUUGUAAAUGAGAAAUACCACCAUGCUGAGGCAGUUGCUGAGGAAUCUGUGUCACAACACGCGGUGGGACUAUGCUGUCUUUUGGAAGCUUAAGCAGGAGACAAGAACGGUGUUGACAUGGGAGGAUAGCUAUUUUGAUGAUGCAAAAGCAAGAAUUAAAUUGGAAGAUACUCUGUCUGAUGGAUCCCUCCAUAUUAACCGUGGGAUGAUUUCUUUUGUGGAUUCUAAUCAUGCCCAAUAUCAAAAUUGUACUAGUCAUCCAAUCAAGGUGUCGCUGGCAAAUAUGAAAUGUCAUCGUUAUUCACUUGGGGAAGGGGUUGUGGGGAAAGUGGCACUUACCCGGAGGCAUUCCUGGAUCUUUGCUGAUGAAUUGAAAUCUGAAGACCACUUAGAUUCAUGCGAGGAUUGGCAACUGCAGUUGGCAGCAGACAUUAAGACUAUUUUGCUUGUACCUGUUGCCUGUUAUGGAGUUGUUCAGCUUGGUUCAUUAGAAACGGUUGUGGAAGAUACAACAUUGGUGUUCCACAUUAAAUGCUUAUUCUCUGCUCUUUACCAUGACUUGGAGACUAGUGAUUCCUUAGAUUCAGGCAUUAAUUGUUCAAACAUCUUAUCACCAGUUAAUGUGCCUUCCUUGACAAACAGUUCAACAUCAGUUUUCAGUUCAUUCAAUUCAUCUCAGGUGCAACAGCCUUGGACUAUUGAUUCUAACAUGUUGCCCUUUUUCAUGGUUGACCAUAAUUCUCCAUCGUCAGAGAAUAUUUUGGAGAAAAUUCUUGACACAGAUACAAUACUAGAUAUAGAUGAAAAUGUUAUUAAUGCAGCGUGCAAUUAUCUGUGGCUAGCCUCCACUGAAGAACCACAGUACUUCAGCCACCCAAAUACCAUGCCUGAAGGUGAUACGUUUGAUCUUUUGUUCACCGAAAAUGAGACAAAAAUAAGUUUACAACCAGAUCCUUUAGAUUGUAUAUCAAUUUCUGACAAAGAGCAGUAUGGCUAUGAUUUAAGUGCUGAAGAUAUGACAUACAAGGAAUCAGAAAAGAAUUAUGCUAGCAAGACAAAUUCCUUAGUAAAUGGCAGAUUUCUUUCCUUUCCAAUUGAUUCAGAGCUACACAAGGCACUUGGAAUUACUUCUAUGGAAGAAUACAAUGGCUGUUUCUUGAAUACAACAGUACCAAUGGACGAUGGAUCUGAUAAUUCAAUUACUACCUUCCAAGGUGUGGUAUCCGAGUAUCAUGAUCACACAUUUGAUGAAUCUAAUUCAUGGCUAAUUAAAGAAAGUGAGACAGAAUAUCUGUUUGAUGCAAUGGUAAGCAGUUUACUCUGUGGCUCAGAUGAUGACACAUUUGAUGGCAAAUCUUCGAGAUCAUUCAGUGAUAACUUAUCAGAGAGUCUGGUUGAUUCUUCCCCAAGAGAAAACAAAAGUGAAUCCAGUGUCUUGGACAUUUGCAGUGUACUGCCGACCAGUCAACAGAGGUCCACAUCUGUAUCAAAAGCUGAUGGAUUCAUGAGUUCUCCUAUUUCUUCAUGCAAGAGUUUCUGUAAGUCGACUAAUGAAGAUAAUUACAAUCACAUGGCUAAAGGACGCUACAGCAGAAAGUUGGCCAUGAAAAACAAAAGAGGAGUUAGAAAUGGCAACAGCCACAAACCACGACCAAGAGACAGGCAGUUGAUCCAAGAGCGAGUCAAGGAAUUGCGCGAGCUUAUUCCAAAUGGAUCAAAGUGCAGCAUCGAUGCAUUGUUGGAUAGAACUGUUAGCCAUAUGGUAUUCCUGCAAAGUAUCUCUUCUCAGGCUGAAAAACUGAAACAAACUGCGGACACAGAGGCCAAAAGUGAGCUUUGCAGUUCUGCAAAACCACAAACUCAAGCUAAUGGAGCCAACUCGGCCUGUGAAGAGGGGAAGCAACCAGAGUUUUGGCCUAUACUAGUUGAAAACCUUGACCAACCAGGACAAAUCCUCAUAGAGGUGCAGUGCAAUGACUAUGAGCUCUUUCUGGAAAUUGUGCAUGUCAUUAGGCGACUAGAGCUGACAAUCCUGAAGGGAGUUCUGGAAAGUCGAUCGAACAAACUCUGGGCUCAUUUCAUAAUCGAGGCGUCCAAAGGCUUCCACAGAACACACAUUCUUUUGCCGCUGAUGCAGCUUUUGCAGCGAAAAUAUGCACUGAUGCCGCGCAAGUUCUGAUCACUCAUCAUGUUGGAUUACUGAAACAUCCGCUUGUAUGUGUUAACGUUAUCUUGAAUGAAUGUAGAUGAACUUAAAGUUGUAUGCUUAAACAAUUUACGUAUUACUAUGUCAAUUGAGUUCAUCAUCAAAAUUACAUGCAUAAUUUUCGUGUAUA